ACAUGACCCGCAGCGUCUUCACGAAGCGAAGCUCCGGUUCCUAGUCUCUCCGUUAAACAUCGAUACCUAAAGCUCCGUGAUGGCUGGACGCGGAAAACUGAUCGCCGUGAUCGGGGACGAGGACACGUGCACGGGCUUCCUGCUCGGUGGCGUCGGGGAGCUCAACAAGAACCGGAAACCCAAUUUCCUGGUGGUGGAGAAGGACACAAGCAUCACGGAGAUCGAGGAGACCUUCAAGAGCUUCCUGUCCCGUAAUGACAUCGGCAUCAUCCUGAUCAACCAGUACAUCGCUGAGAUGAUCCGUCACGCCAUCGACGGCCACAUGCAGUCCAUCCCGGCGGUGCUGGAGAUCCCGUCCAAGGAGCACCCGUACGACGCCUCCAAGGACUCCAUCCUGCGCCGCGCCAAGGGCAUGUUCUCCGCCGAGGACUUCCGGUAGACCGGAUCCCUCUGAAUACCAUCUCCCGGGACCCGAUCCCUCACGUAUUGAUUGUCUGUGCAGUGAUUAGAUGUGGAUCAAUAUAUAGAUUGGUUCUUUGUGUGUGUGUGUUUUUAUCAAUAUGAUGAAUAUAGUUUAAAUAUAAUAAAUAUCCUCCUCUGUGAAUCUGAA